AUGGGUGAUCUUUCCUCCACCGAAAAUGGCCAGAACGCCGUGUAUCGAGUUGAAUCAUCCCUCACUCUGACCAACCCACCUCAUUCAACCCCAACCGCCUCUAGGGACACGAGCGUUGAAAGACAGAAGCUCGCUCGACAGGCUCGGCCCAAUCAGUUGAACAUGUUGUCCAAGCUACGAGGCUCGGUUCAUAACUACCUCUCCCAAGAGCUCGACGGCUCAUACAUGAGCGUUGUCAUCAUACUUUGCUUCUUCAUAUCCGGCCUCAUCGAUAGUGUGGCAUUCAACUCGUGGAACUGCUUUGUCGAUAUGCAGACUGGCAACACUAUCUUUGCAGCACUCGGGCUCGGUGGCCAGCCCAAGGCCAGCCAUUCACAACAAUAUUACAAAUCUCUCACUUCGAUCGGUGCCUUUUGUCUGGGCACACUCUUCUUCAAUAUACUGCACCGUUACCCGACGGGAUUGUCGGAGCAGCCGUCAUGCCGCCGACGAGGCCUGUUCAUCGUGUCCUUUGGCAUUCAGACAGUCUUCAUCACAACCGCAACCAUACUGGUCUCUGUGGACUUGGUCUCAAACCAGCCCUUUGUGCCGGGUUCUUUCUCAUCCGGUAGUAAGGACAGCCCAUCGUCAAUCACGAACUUUCUCGACCUCUGCCCGGUGUCACUCCUCUCGUUCCAAGCUGCAGGACAGGUGACAUUGUCGCGGCUGCUAGGGGUGGUCGAGUUGCCUACCAUCGUUCUCAGCACACUGUAUCAUGACUUCACCUCGGAUUUGCUUGCCGUCCGGGCGUCCUGGAGGAAGAGUUCGAGCGGAUGGGAGUUCUUCGCGGGCCAACAGCGCAGACAGGGGAGGCGACUUGCUUGUAUCCUUGCUCUCUUUACCGGAGGUAUCAUUGGCGGUGAGAUGUACAAGUCCCGAGCAGGCAUGGCUGGGGCAUUAUGGCUCGCCGCGGGCUUCAAGUUGGUCAUAGUCAUGGCCUGGUGCUUUUGGAAGGGGGAAAUAGAUGCUGGGGCUCAGACGGAUAUGCUUCCGCGAUAA